UCUUCGUAUCCUCCAUCCACAAAAAGCCAUCUUUUGAAAUCCCAUUCUGCUCUUCUUCCACUACCCUUUCCAAUGCUUUUCUUCCUCACCAAAUAGUCGCUGGAGACGACAAUAGAGAGCGAGGGCAAGCAAACGGAGAUCAGGGAGAGGAAAGCUUUUCUUUCGUUUGAGUCGGAGGUGAAGGUGCCGGAGAUCGGAGGCGGAGGCGUCGGAUUCAGAGACGAAGGCGCCGGAGUCGGAGGCGUCGGAUUCGGAGGCGAAGGCACCAGAGUCGGAGGCGUCGGAUUCGGAGGCGAAGGCACCGGAGUCGGAGGCGCCAGAGAUCGGGGUGAAAGGGUACAAACAAUGUAGGGAGAACCCGUCUGCAAGUUUGGUCCGGCAAAUCAGAGCCAACAUCUUCAGCCCCAAUCGCAGCAAACGUUCAGCCCCAACCGCGGCAAACGGAAAUCCCUGGUAUUGCAUGUUCCACCCAGCCCUGCUCGUGGGUUAUAAUAGUGCCAAUAUGGAUAGUGCUGAACCUCGUAAAAAAAAAAGGCAAAGAAAGGGAGGAGGAAAUGUGAGGUGCAGUUCAAUGAAAGUGAUUGAAAUUAUAAGUUGUUUAUCUGAGGAAAAGAGAGGAUGGGUUGGAGAAAUGGGCUUCGGCGAGUUGCUACACAUGAAGAAAUUUAGGCAUGAUCAAACAUUAUGUGAAUGGUUGAUGAGGAAACAUUAUGUGAAUGGUUGAUGAAGAAAUUUAUCUGAUGCCGUGAAUGAGAAAUCUUCUUUGAGACUGCGAGAGAACUUAUUCCUUGAGUGGAUACAACACAAGGAAAACAGCUGUUGGGAAUCAAUGAAGGAAAGUAUAUUUUGAGUAAUAGAGAGAUUAUGUGCAAGUGGGAGAUGGUUUGCCAGACAAGAAAGACACGAGAUAACUUUUUGGUGAUUGGAUGUAAAUGUUUGUUGGCAGACAUGGUAACUACUUUGUUGAAAUGGUACAUUUUGGUGGGGGUAUGGUUCUGCGUGAAUCAGAUGGAUAUUGUCCUGUAUGGUGAUCCAUUUAUGUGAAUCAUAUAUAUUUGGCGUGAAUCAGAU